AAUCAACACACACCAUCUGUCCCGUACUUCUUUCUGUAUUUUACUCAGAUCUACCCGCCGGAAUUCACUCCCCAUGGCCGGAUUUUUCUCAAUUUUCAGGCGAAUAUACCUCACAAUCUACAAUUGGACCGUAUUUAUAGGCUGGUUACAAGUAUUUUACCUUUCUGUAAAGACGCUGAAGGAAUCCGGCCACGAACACGUGUACGCCGCCGUCGAGAAGCCGCUGCUCUGGGCGCAAUCCGCCGCCUUAUUGGAGAUAUUACACGGCCUGAUUGGAUUGGUCAGAUCUCCGGUCAGUGCUACACUGCCCCAAAUUAGCUCCAGAUUGUACGUUGCGUGGGGGAUUUUGUGGAGUUUUCCUGAAAUACGGACUCAUUUUCUCGUUAGUUCAUUGGUGAUUAGCUGGUCAAUUACUGAAAUUAUUCGAUAUUCGUUUUUCGGUUUGAAGGAAGCUUUUGGUUCUGCUCCAUCCUGGCUGCUUUGGCUGAGGUACAGCACGUUUCUUAUAAUGUACCCUACGGGAAUUUCAAGUGAAGUGGGUUUGAUAUACAAUGCACUGCCUUACAUGAAGGAAUCAUUGAAAUACAGCAUAAGCAUGCCUAACAAAUGGAAUUUUUCCUUCGAUUAUUAUUACUUGGCACUUGGGGUUCUCGGCAUUUAUGUUCCGGGGAGUCCUCAUUUGUACGGGUAUAUGCUUGGCCAGAGGAAGAAGGCACUUGCCAAAGCCAAAAGGGAGUAGAUCCGAAUAUUGAAUUUGAAUUUCUGAGUUAUAUUGUUGACUCGAUCUGUAUGUUUUGUUCUUAUUUUCGCAAUGUGCCCUAUUCGUACUAUUUAACUAUAUGUUUGACCUAUUAGCUGCAAUUUCUUGGUGGGAUAUUGCCUAGAAAAUAAGCUACGAAAAUAAAGCUAAAAAGCCA